UUCGCAGUGAGUAAGUUAUUACACAAGUGUCGUCGGAGUCUCUUUGUCUUACAGUAGUGCACUUGGUUCCGAAUGGCCUGUCACUUACAAAGUGCACACAGUCGACGACACUUGGUUCUGUUUAGAUUCACUUCCAGUUUAGUGUUUGUGUUCUAGAAUCGAUACUGCUUCGGCUAUCGUAGUAUCAUAAAAUUACCCAUAUCUGUUUGAGAGUUGUGUGCAUUGACCUCGUCUGAUAUUUGUGUGACAGUUUUAGCAGCUCAGUUGUGAGGUAAAGUCUCCAACAGUCCCGAACUGUACUCUUUUGUAGGUCCGCUUUGCGUUGGAAAAAAGAAAAGAAAAGAAAGAAAUAGAAAUAGAAAAAAGAAAAGAAAAAACAAAUCACAAAAAUAUCGAGUUGGUCAUACAGUUCCAUAGUACUGAGGAGUUUGUUUGAUCCAAGGAUUUUUUCGGUCGAUCACAUCUAAGGUUCCGUAGAGCAAGAGUAACCGCGGCUCACCAGUCGGUGAACCCGGCUCUGAGUUUCCAACUCCAAGACAACUCUUGAACUUGGAUAGCUGGUGUCUUCAUCAAGUCGAGUGGUUGCGUGUGGUGGUGCACGCCGUCAGUCGACAGAAAAGGGACUCCUACCAUGUCAAUAGAGACGAAGCGCUUCCGCAACUCUGGCGCUGAGGAGUCACCUGUCCAGGUUGCUUCUGCAAAACAACUCGAAAUGGCCUUGCCCCAGCGGUCUCAGGAGACCCUCGCAAGCGGUCAUCAGCUACUCAUGGGUAACAACGAGUUGCUCUCAUCCUUCGGUAAUGGCGUGAAUGUCCCUUCCAGACGCAUUACUCCUGCCAGCUGCGGAGCUGCAAUUCCCCAGACACAGGUGAAGAAUCUGGUGGCUGCCCUUGUUGGCUCUCUUGAGUGUCCGCCAACCGUGAAAAGGCCUCGAUACCAUAUUGUGCAUCUCGCAUCCGAAAUGGCCCCUGUAGCGAAGGUGGGAGGUUUGGGAGACGUGGUGACUGGACUUGGUCGUGCUCUUCAGAAGAAGCACCACCGGGUGGAGAUUAUUAUUCCUAAGUACAAGACCCUGGACAUGUCUGGCAUCAAAAAUUUCAAGAAAUUGAACAAGCAUUUUUACUCAUACUUUGAGGGAGCGGAGCACGAGAACAUGGUGUGGACGGGUGUUGUGGAAGGCCUGAGGGUGUUCUUCAUCGACCCACUUCACCCGGCGGAAUUCUUCAACCGCGGUGGAAUCUACUGUGAGCCGGACGACUUCAAGCGCUUCACAUACUUCUCUCGAGCAUCGCUCGAAUUUUUGUUGCAGUUCGGGAAGCGCCCCCAUCUCAUCCACUGUCAUGACUGGCCGGUGGCCGUUGUGGCACCAUUGUGCAAGAGCAUUUACUCCAGUGCGGGUCUUACCUCCAAGCUUGCUUUCACUUGCCACAACUUUGAGCCACAAGGUAAGGAGUCCAUGGAGGCGCUGACGUCCUGUGGCCUUCAGUUCCAAGCGCCUUUGCACACGGAUCAUUUCCAGGACAACAUUUCGGCUGACAGAAUCAACGUCCUAAAGGGCGGGCUUGUGCAUUCGGACUUCGUCACUACAGUGUCACCGACAUAUGCUAAAGAAGUCCUUACCCCAGAGGGAGGUGAAGGCUUGCAUACCACCUUAAGGGCUAUGACAAAGAAGUUCUAUGGCGUUGUGAACGGUAUCGAUGAUACGGUUUGGAAUCCCGCGACCGAUCCCCAUCUGGAGGAGCAUUUCAGCAUGGACGACUUGAAGGGCAAGGAAGUACUGAAGAAUAAACUCCGGCUUCGUCUGGGGCUGGCAAACCUAGGCAUUGAUGCGAAAAGGCCCCUUGUAUGCUGUGUAUCAAGAUUGGUGCCCCAGAAGGGUGUCCACCUUCUUCGUUCGGCCAUCUUCCACACCCUCAACCGUGGUGGUCAAUUCAUUCUGCAAGGCACCAGCCAGGAUCCCGUGAUCAAGAAAGAUUUCGAUGAACUUGCACAGCAAUUUGAGAAUCACCCUCACGUCCGCCUUGUUCUGAGAUAUGAGGAGACUCUCACACACAACAUUUACGGUGCGGCCGAUAUCUUUGUGAUACCAUCCAUCUUCGAGCCUUGUGGGCUUACACAGAUGUACUCCAUGAGGUACGGGACCAUUCCUGUUGUUCGCAAGACCGGGGGGUUAGCUGACAGCGUAUUCGAUGUGGACCAAAAACACGCCGUUGUGGAGAAGCGCAACGGUUUCACGUUCUCCGAACCAACUGAAGAGGCAUUGGCAAGUGCUUUGGACCGUGCUUUGCUGUACUAUAAGGAACACCCAGAUUGGUGGAAAGCUCUUGUGAGCAAGGUGAUGCGCAUAGAUAUGAGCUGGGACGCGGCUCCAAUUGAUCAGUACAUCAAGCUGUAUGAGCACACUGUUCAAGAGGGACAUCCUCCUGCUUCCAUCUCUUGAGCUUACAUUCGGUAAAUUGCAAUUUCGGUGCGCUGGCCUGCAUCCACAUUCAUGUGUUCCUCGUCGUGGCCGACCACGUAUUGCACUUCCGGCUUGUAGACUAAACGCAGUAACAGUAUAGAAGGUUUCCGGUAUUUGAUCACAGAAGUAGGUCAUAUUCAGUACUUAGAAAACAACAACAAAAAAAAAAAAGCUUAACACGCACUGCAACUCACACACCAGAUCUUUUGCACUCUCAACCUUUCAAAUUUUGUACAAAAUGGACCAGCGGUGAUAUAUUCUGAGAUAUGUUAUAUAUUGAUCUGUAAUA